GUGCUUGGUGAGGCAAAAGUGGGGGAUUGGAUGGGUCCCAUUUCCAUUCCUUCUUCCCCAGCAUCAUCCACGGGAGGGGUCGAGGGAAGGAAAUGGCGGUUUGGAAUCCGAGCAGGUCGAUGGAUCUCCACCGCUGGUUGCGGUGUUCCCCUUCAUCAGCAGGCUCGAGUUCAGCAACGGUAGCAGUAGCGUGGAGGGGCAAGAAGAGGAGAACCCGUUUGCUUGCUGCCAAUUGCACGCCGUUACGGCAAAGCUCCGAUACCCAGCAACAAGUAGAGGAAGAGGAAGUAGGGAUUAUGUGUGAUUCCUGUGAUGGUAGAGGAUGGCUGCUCUGUGACUUCUGCGAAGGCAAGAAGACCUAUGUGAAGGCUGAGAACAACCGAAUUUAUCGUCGCUGCCCAACUUGCAGAGCUGCUUUCUUACUUGCAGAUUGGAUACAUUCUGUGUGCAAAAUGCAAGGUCUUCAAGUGCAUUACCUUCCCGGACUACAGUGAUGGUGAGCUCUGACCAUCAAACAAGAUGAAUUUGAUCUCUCUUUUUCCUGAUUUUCUGUGAUCAAGUGCAAGAUAUAAAAAAGAAAACCUUGAUUAAUGUAUUUCAUCAAAUGUUAUUGCUUAAUCUAUUCAUUCUCUUGAAGUGAAACCUAUAUGCACAACUGGUAUAUACUGGACAAAGUGUAAAAGGCUAUCUGAUGCCUCACUAUUGUCUCAAGAGUCUCUUGCCUAGUGGCCAGUUCUAAAUCACUACAUAGAUAUGAGGCACUUUAUUGCAUCAUAUAGUUCCUAAGGGAUUUUUCUGCUCCAGAUUGAAUUUUUAAGUUGUUAUACAUUUUUUCUGAAUAUCCAGAAAAUUCUGUUAGCUUC